CCCCAUCUCCUUCUUUUUCUCUCCCUCUCCUCUUUCUUCUCUCCCCUAAAACUCGGGAUUUUCAGUAUAUUCUCUUGCAGUUUUUAGGGUUUUCGUAAAGAAGGAAACAAAAAUAAAAAAAUAUCUCCUUCUUGACUGAUUUCUCCUUUCUCGAUCUCUAAAGAUUCUCUUUCCAAAAGGAGAGAAAAUCUGCAUUCCUUCUUCUUCCUUGGUGGUGGCUGUUGCCGUUGCUUUGCGUUUACACCUCGUUUGAAUCAGGUUUGUAGUUGAAGUUCAAGAUCACUUUAAAGCCUAUUUCACGUAUUAAAAGCCUUAGAGAUAAUAAGUGUUCACUUUUAAUUGACCGUUCACCAACAAGCAGUGACAAGAAAACGUUGAAGAAGUGUUUUUUUUUUUCCAUUGACAAAACCGUUGGAUAAAAAGUGAUUUAUAAGAUCCCAUCGAAACUCUCUCUCUUGUUCGAAAGCAUUCUGAUUUGGAUGGAUAUUAACAUAAACAAGACUUCCCCUGUUCUCCCUGAGCCUACAACACCAGUCAGCAAAUCAAGACUCGGAUCCUCCUUCCCUUCAAGGAGAUUCGUCAGUGCGAGGAGGAAGAACCCUAAGCUCGACGAUGUUAGAUCCAAUGGUUGGUUAGAAGCAAUGAUUUCCUCUUCCCCACCACGUAAGAGGCUUGUCAAGGAUUUCAACGUCGAGAUUGCUCCUGAAGAUGACUUUGCUCAACGGGCUUGGAUGCUCAAGUAUCCUUCAGCGAUUACCUCUUUCGGGCAUAUUGCAGCUCAAGCUAAGGACAAGAAGAUAGCUGUGUUUCUAGACUAUGAUGGAACACUCUCUCCAAUAGUCGACGACCCUGAUCGUGCCAUCAUGUCUGAUGCGAUGCGUGCUGCUGUUAAAGAUGUGGCCAAGUACUUCCCAACAGCAAUAAUUAGUGGUAGAAGCCGUGACAAGGUUUACGAACUGGUAGGACUAACCGAACUCUAUUACGCUGGUAGUCAUGGCAUGGACAUUAUGACUCCUGCAAGUGCUAAUGACACCAACUGUAUAAAAUCCACUGACCAACAGGGUGAGGAGGUAAACCUCUUUCAGCCAGCUAAGGAGUUCAUACCGGUCAUCGAAGAGGUUUACAAAAAUCUCGUUGAGCUAACUAAAUCUAUCAAAGGUGCAAAAGUAGAGAACCACAAGUUCUGCGCCUCUGUUCAUUACCGUAACGUUGAUAGGGAAGACUGGGAACUCGUUGCUCAACGCGUUCAUGACCACCUGAAACAAUACCCUCGUCUGCGUCUAACUCACGGGAGAAAGGUUUUAGAGGUUCGUCCUGUGAUCGAGUGGAACAAAGGGAAAGCAGUUGAGUUUCUGUUGGAAUCUCUCGGACUAAGCAACGAUGAUGACUUCCUCCCAAUCUUUAUCGGAGACGACAAGACUGAUGAGGAUGCAUUCAAGGUACUAAGGGAUAGAGAGCAUGGUUUUGGAAUAUUGGUUUCGUCCGUGCCAAAAGAAAGCAAUGCAUUCUACUCUCUUAGAGACCCCUCAGAGGUGAAGAAGUUCCUCAAGACUUUGGUGAAAUGGAGAAAGAUGGAAGACUCCACAAGUAUUUGAUGAUUGUUUAGGAGUAUCAGAAGAGCUUCAUCCAACGCUGUCUUUUUAUUUUAUUUUAUUUUAUUUUCACUUUUUAGUUUCUGUUUUUUUUUAACAGUUUCGGCAUUUAUAUUUUAAUUUAUCAUUUUUCCAUAUUAUCCAUGGUUAAAAAAUGUUAUUACAAUCAAAACUCUUUUUAUAA